AGAAAUAAUCCUUGUAAUAGCAGAACCGUGGCCACUGUUCCUACCUGCUUUAUUGAAUACAUUCAUGCUGUACUCUGAAGAGUCUUGUCAAAAAACUAUUUAGCUGGCCUAAUCUCCAAAUUUGUUUUAAUAGUGGAAGAAAAACGGUGGCUAUAAAAGUGUUUGACAGAAUUAUAACCUGUCUGUGGAGUUCCCCUCCACUCUACGGAUUGAUUUAAGGCCUUUUAGACCUUUUAUGUGGAUAUGCAGCCCUCAUCUUUAUUGUUCUGAUCCACUCUUGCUACUCAGCCUAAUUUCCUGCACUCUUCAGUUACCUUUCAGGCAACAAAUGUCUAACAAAACAAUUGAUGAGUGGAACAUCCCCAUCUCCAGCAAUUAUUUCGACUCUACGAGCAUGUUUCUACCAAAGUACGAGCUAAUUUACAAGACAGCACGCGGUGUGAUGAGUUGGUCAUGUUCUUAUAGUUGUUGCCGCGUCUCAUCGGUAUUCAGCAGCGGGAGCGCCGUGACGCACUGAAGCGCAGGAGGCAACAUUAAUCAAUGGGGCGAGCAAUCAGCACCCAGCCUAAUUCAAUCACCCCUCCAACAGAAUGCUGCCAUUAGGACAACAGAGGCGUGCAAGUGUGUGUUUGUGUGCUUGUGUGCUGUUGUGUCCGUUUGAUUUGUUCGCAUGCUGGUCCCUACGCCAGCCACUCAGCUGCCGCCACACCGACAACCCGAAACAAACCCCUUUAUAGAGGGAAGACGGAGCGGAUCGAGACCAUUAUGGAGAUGAGUGCUGUCUAAAAUUGGAGAUGCCACUUUCUUGCAGUCCACAAUCGAGACAGAAGAUCAGAUGUGAGGCCAGAGAGAUAACAGUGUAGUUGUUGUUGUCAUUUUCUGCAGAGGAAGCUGAGAUUGAGACAAAGAAGUGCUGUGAAGCAAAAAAGUUUUCUCUCUUUCUUUCAUAGCAGGCAGCAAAGAUGGGAGUCGUGUUAAGUAUAUGGCGUCUGGACUUUAAAGCUUUUGUCCCUCUCUCUGUCUCCUUUGGUAAUAUGUAACUUAAUAUGUUAUUCCCUGUAAUCUCCCACGACUCUGGCUAUUGUUUUACUACAUCCUACAUCAUCUUCCUUCCUUCCUUCCUUCCUUCCUUCCUUAACCUAUUAUCACCAUUAUCACUCUACUAUAUGGUUUUCCUAUAGAAAUGAUCCAGUCAGCAUUGGGCCUUAAAAAUGCAAGGCUCAACAUUUUUAAUGACUGUGUGAAAAUUAAAUUGAUCAGUUUAUUAUUAUUUUACCAGGAACGUAUCAGAAAGUUUACAGACUAACUCGCUGUUUUAAUAUCUGCUUUAAAAAUGAUACAACUUUAGUGUUGUAUCAGCUUGUCAUGCACCAUUUGGCACAGCUGUAUUGAAGACACAACUCUAUGGCUGUGUCAGUCUUUCCAUCCAUUUCAAUUAUAUAUAAGCGGUUUUGUUCAGAUAGACGGAGAUGCUGCAAUGGCUUGGAAAGAUGAGACUUUCUGGAAAUACCACAGCAACUUUUUUGAAUCCUGCUUCAGCUGUUUCUAAUCCUGUACCAGCGCUGAUGUGAAGAUUUAUUUUCUGAGUUGUAACAUCUAUCAUUGAAGAGAAGACUGGAAAUCUGUACGAAUCAGAGAAAUUAAAUUAAGUUUAUAAGCUAAUAAUCCUAAAAUAUUAGUGAGAGAACUCUGUGAGGAAGCAUUUGGCAAUAUUGGGGAAGAAGAAAUUCCUUUUACGAUGAAGAGAUCUUUGCAUGGCUGCCAGUGUUGUGAAACAACCACAAAUAUUCAAAGUGCCAUUAUCAGUAAAGAAGACAGAGGAAUAACUAAAAAUGAUGGGCAAGCAGAGGGAGAGCUAGAAGCUUUUUCUAUAAUAGCUAAGUGUAGCGGUAGCUGACCUGAAAUUCCCGAAAUAAACAAAUGUUAUGUGUGUACUUGGCAGCGGUGCAAACCAAAAACAGGUACUUAACAUCAGUUCAUUGCUGCAAAAAUGCCUCCAGUGUUUUUGUGUUAACCUAUGCCAACCUGUUUCAAGUCCGACCUGUUUUCCCGCUCUCCACAGUCAUCUCUGUCUCCGCUUUCCAAAAUCCAAGAUCGAUGACCCAAUUCCAGCAUGCCUGUUGCGAGUUUGAGUGAAGAAAGCCUCAGACAAGCUGAGCUCUUAUCUGGCCUGUAGAUUAAAGAGGUGAUGAAUCCGAGGCUUGAGCGGACUUACAGUAUCUCUCCAUUCUCAAUCAAAGUGGGCAAACUCGUGAAAGACCUGUAUUGAUCUGUUGCCCAUUUAUGACUGGAUCUGUGGGUGAUGAGAGUCAGGGCUCCAUCGAUACCUUGCUCCUUCAAACCUGCCCAAUCCAGCUCCAGUGAUAGCAGCUCAAUCCAUAUCUCUGCAGGCGCCCUGCACCUCGCUCCCAUUGCUCACAGUUUGUCUUACUCACCUUACACUUUAGACUUUGCCUCACAUGUGUGACUCUUUUUAUGAUCAACCUUUGAAAUUCAGAAAUGUAAAGCCAGUAAAACAUGUCAGAAGAUUACAUAUUGAUUGUUGGGAAGGCUCUUUUUUGUAAAAGUUGAAGAAAGGUGAGGAUAAGGUUGGAGUUGAUUGUAAAUCCAGCCAUAUAUUGGACCACACACCCAUGUACAAAGAAUAAUACCCUCCAUGUGUAAUGUGAAAAAAAUGUUCUUUUUAAAUAGUGUCUUUAUGAUGCUAAGACUUAACUUUUGAAUAAGGUUAAACCUCUUUAAUUCAUUGUGACAGCUGACAAUGGAAAAAUAUGUAAGCAAUGUCAUUAAUAGUAAACUGAGUCAUUAUCAUAGCUGUAGUUCUUGCUCCGUAAGUUGAACCCAUUUCAUUUUUAGGUCUCACACUUUGUAGUGUUUCAAAUAGAGCCGCAAAAGAUACACCAUAAAUUAAAGAUGUGUUGAAUAUAUAAAUGGCUCAUUAAAUAUGCAUGUAGGCUAUAAAUGAAAUAUUCAUUAAGCUGUUAUAAUGCAGCAGUGCAAAUAUAUUUGAUCAGUACAUUUAAUAGUAUAAUUGCUGAGAUUUGUAAACAUGACAAAGAUAAUGUAAAAGAAUCCAUCCAUAUUUCAGGCCAGACUGGAGCAGUCUAAGCAAAGAGCAGGAAGCAUCCUAGUCACAUGCCUAAACCACAUCAAUUGUUUGUUUGUUUUUAAUGUGUGGAAGUAGUUAAAGAGCAACAAGGUCUUAAGUUGUUAAAUCAAGCUGGGAAUCCACAGUAGGAAUCCACCGGCUAGUCGGCUGACUUAGCCUUUGGGGGCAAUGGCAAAUUUUUCUGAGCUUCCAGUGUCGUCAGCAGGUACGCAGAACAGGAAUUCCUGGCAGCGUUUUAAAAAAUAGGAUCCACCCUGGAAGUUGUCAGGACAUGCCCAAAGAGAUGAUCAUCCAAAAACACAAUAAAAAAAAAAAAGGGGAUUUAAAAAAAUAAAAAUAAACAUCAUUUAGUUUCAUGGUCCACUGGUCUGAUGGGCCUGAUGACAACAUGUUGAUAUUAAACAACCAUCAGCUGCUUGCUCAACAUCAAAUCUUGGUUAAAGGGGAAAAAAACCUAUUAAAAUCUGACAGUUGUGCCAACGUUGAAUACCUAACCUUGCUCUGAAAUCCAUUUAUCAUCUUAUUGGGCAGAAUUAUUAGGGUAGUGUUCUUCACAAUGAGUUCAUGUUUUAGAGAUGGGCAACAUUAUAUUACUGCUUUUUGUGGAGUAGUCAUCCAUUUAGUAACCUAAGUAUUUGUUAAUCAGAUGUUCGGCAACUAAAAAAGAGCAAAGGUGUGCAUUUCUUUUUUUUAAUUACAAUAAUCUCGUCAGUAUUUAUUGAAUUAUAAAAGAUGUUGUGACUGGACUUGGGUUGCAUGAGGAAACCAUGUCAACAUCUGCCUGCUUAACGUCCAGUUUCGGCCAUAAUGUGCUGAACAGUUUGAUUUAGAGAUAAGGUUUAUGAUCCCGGCUUCUUUACUUGCUGGUUUGUGGUACACUUGAAGAAAUACUGCUCUUUGGCUCGACACACGCGCUGCUUACCUGCAUUCAACAAGAACCUGCUCAGACACGACCGGCUAUUAACUGCUGACGCAAUACAAAAGGAAACUAACUGUUGUUCCCCUCGCCUUAAGAUUCUGUAUUCUCACAUCUUUAUUGGUGUUACAAAGAAAAGAAAAUGCCACAGGUGCUUCUACUGCUGUAGCACAUCCACCCACAGCAGUACUAGCUUUAGGCUGUGAUGGUUUUGAUGCACGCCGUUAGCGGUGAGGCUAAUCUAGUAGAAGCUGGUGUUAGCAAAAGACUGAAGGCGCUUGAAUGGUGAUCGGAGCGGUAGCUGCUAAAAGCCACGCUUUCACCUUAUGUAGUGGGGUCACAGCCUAGCAACAGUGGGUCUGAGGCUUAGCAACAGCAGCCACAGAUUCAGUCCAGCAAUGCGGUAAUUGGACUUUCUGACAAAGUGCCGGUGGACCGACACGCUAACAAAUACAGACACACUUCAUCAAAAGGACACAUGUGCACACUUGUAGUGCACAACCCUGCUUGUGUGUGAUGACGAGGAGUGAAAGACAGAGAAUGUGUAUCAUUAGAGGAGAGGGAUUGAAAGUGUUUCUGUGUGUGAGGGAGAAAAAGUGCGCCUUUCAUUUGAGUCUUUCCCUGUGGCUCUAUUUAUAUUAAUGAUGAACCUUGGUGCUUGUGUCGCUGCUGCUUCGCCCGUCUGCGCGCUGCCCUGUCCUUGGGGACUAUGAAUUAUGUCUGUCACCCAACAGUAUUUGCAGUAUUUUGACAGUUUAACACUCUGCAAGAGCUCAAGGUCACAUCUGGGUUAUUAUCAUUUUGUUAUAAAAAAAUAUUUAUAAGCUAGUGAAUAUCAGUUAAUUACCAAGUGAUCAUUUUCUGAUUACCUGAUCAAUCCAUUGGUUACUUUACCAAUUAAAAAAAAAUAAACCACAACAACUUUUUAAAUUAAAAACUGUUUCUUUGCAAAUAAAUAGUAGUUGUUUACAUGUUCGCCUAACAACAAGGAGAAGCUCCCCAGGACGAGGCGACACCGAUUCCCUUUGGGGUUACGUCAGGGAGGGCAUCUGCAAAUUCAAACAUGUGGAGCAACUCGUUGUUGAAUAUUUGGAAAUAUUCACACUGCUGUCUGGUUUUUUUAAGCUUGGAAAGCCCUGUAGUGUUUGUUUUGUUUUGAGCUACUGAUGAAAAGUAGUUGUGUGUUUUUAUCUUUUUCAUUCUCUUCCAGAUUGGUGAUGCUGUGGUUUGCAAUGGGUAUCUAGAUAAAGACAGAAUGACAACCUCCUUGUGAAUAGGGAAAAUCAGUCAUUGCCCAUCUAGUGGCUGCAAGUAGCUGCAGCAACCAACUGGUCACCCAGAAGACGGGCAUGCAACGGUAUCAACCUCUGGGUCACUGCAACCUGUCUCCAAACAGUUGCAGUCUAACUCAGACUGACUGCAGUUACUCUCACAAACAUUGCAGACAGACUGCCAACCUGCUGUAAUCAAUCUGAGUCUGUGCUGAGGCAUCUCUUUGGAUUAAGGGAAUUCAUGUUCAUAUAUAAAAACGAGGUUGCUGUGCUCCUGUAUGCAGUUAAGUUUCCACCAAGCAGCAAAUGUUUGUUCUUUUAGAUCAGCGAGGUCGCAGACUGACUCUGUCUUAUUGCUGUUUUGCCAUGAGGCACCAAAGUCAGUUUAAAUAUGGUAAUGGACCAUGAAUCAAUGCAAACCUGGUCUCCAUCUUCAACGCAACCAUUUUGCAGUCCCUGAGACAGCAAGUUCAUUUCUGGUUGUUCUGUGGACGGUAGCAUUUAAAAAACCAACAAACAAAAAAACUCAUGCAUGCAUCACCAGAAGCGUAGGUCUCCGUAAUAUGUGAUCAACAUAAGUGUGAUGAACAGAUUUCAUGCAAACUGAUUACUUUGACCUAUCAAUCCAGCAUUAAAUAAUUACUGUAUUCCUAAAUUUUUGCAUAUUCGUGCAUGAUUAAGCCUAUUAGAGCCACUUCAACUUUAACAGCUUCCCAGUGAUAAUCAGUGAAGCUCUCAUCAGAUCCCUAUAAAUUCAUAUGUUAACAAGAGCACGUGUUUUGUCCUCGUGUCACCAACUGUCACUGGCAUAACUCUGCUAGAGAUAAAUAAAUUACAGCUAGAGGCAUACAGCACCAGUUUGUAAUGCAAAAUACAUAACUGGAAUUAUUAUAUCAAGAUGAUGUGCUUAGAGAGCUGAACAGAGCGGAGGUAUGUGGACUGAUUAGAGAUGUAAUAAUAGAGAGAGGCAGAGAGCAGGGAAAAAAAGAAAGAUGUACACACAGCUAACAAGCGAGGCGGAGAGUUACCAAACAUCAUUAUGAAAUGUGUACUGUACUAAGACUUACUGGAUUUAAUCAACUCUCUAAUCUCAUAAAAGAAUGGGAGUCCCUGGGGUACUUAAAAAAAUAAUCUCAUCAAACAUUCCCGUCUAUAACGGAGCACUGAAAGUCUGGAUUUCUUGAAAUCGGUAAAUAUAUCUGUGACGAGGGAAGCAUAUGUCCAUCCCGUCUCAUACGGAAAUAAAGAAAUACAUGUCAGUGUUGUAAUGGAAAACAAGGCUGGGCAAGAAGAUGUGUGCAAAGCAUUGGUCCAUUUUACAGAUGUUACACUGAACAUAAAGCUCAGGAAUUGGACCAGUUUCUCUUCUGGGUAUUGUUUCCGAGUGUAAGACUUGGCUUUCAAAGAAUUAAAAGCUGUUGUAGAAUUCCAUAACAUAAGGAAUUUUGAAUUUUUUGGAUGCUUUAGCUGUAGUUCAUUUGUCAAUACCCGUGUUGUGCCAGUGACUUGGGGAUGAGUUGAAGCUGUUAUCACGGCGACUUUCAUACGUAUUUCAGAAUGUCGGUGGGCCAGUUUGAGCUCUUGUUGGAGGAACUGGGACCACAUCUGAGGCACAGAAAUUAUUUAUGUGAGCCAAGUGACCCAGAGCAGUUGCUUAGCUGUGUAUCUGAGGUACGAUAGGAUUAUUUUACUAUUUCCACAUCGUCGUAUGUUCAGUAUGCAGGCACGUUAUGAGCUGUGAGCGGGCUUGCUGCAGAAUGCAGUGAUCCAAUUGGGCAGAUGUGUUUAUUCAUAUGUGUUUAUUCUAAAAAUCGACAUGGAUCUGAAAAAAUGCAUACUGGAAAUGCGUCCUUUAUGGUUGCUGCGAACAGCUGCAACCAGAGUAGGUGACCCCAAAAGAUAUUUUUAAUGCACAAAAUAUUUGCACGAAUCUUGAACAUCUGGUGUGUAAAGACCUUUUCUGAGCAUCUAAUCACUGAUCUUUUGCUUUAGUAGAAAGCCUGUUCAUCCUACUGAGCUACAGCCACCUGGCUGCUGAUUGGCAGUAACUGCUUCUAGAUGUGCUUCUAUCCUGGGUCACAAACUUUUGAAUUAUUUCACCUCCAUGCCUCAAACUUUCACAAUCAUGCUUUGCUGCUCUUUAAAAGAGGAUCAUUGUCUGUUGGAGUCCAGUAUCGAAGCAGGCAGCUCAUCAAGGCACAGAGAACCAAAGGACGCCGUGCCCGUAUUGACAGUAUUUGACGACCUGGGAUGAGAAUUUGUUGCAGAGAAUGGAGAGAUGUCCAGAAGAAAUAAUACGAUGCAAACGGAAGCCUUUUAGGACUCUUUACAGAGGUAGAUAAAUGUUUCCUGAUAAGCACUUUUGGCAGCAUGAACAGCUUACAGAACAGCUCUUUUUACCACCUGGAUUGGAAGUUUGCAAAAAGCAAUUAAAGUGUUCUUCUUACCUCUGGAUGUCAGCUCCACUGAUGCUGCUCUGUACAAAUCAUCACCUCACAAACACAAGACCAAGCAUCUCCUAUCCCUCUGCAUUCUGCUCAUGCUUCACGGCAAAUGUACACGAAGAGAAAACUAGGGAGGGGGUGGAAGAAAGCGGCACAAUGAGAAGAGGAGAGAAAAAACAGAGAAGGGCGGAGUGGUGGAGAGGAAGGGAGGGAAGGAGAUGCUGCGGGUGAGUGAGUGGAAGCGCCCAUUAAUUUGAAUUUAAAGGAUGUGAGGAGAGGACGGCACGAGACGCAGCCAGCCUUGGAGGGAGGAGAGAGGGGCGCUGGGAGAGGAAAGAGAUGGAUGAGAGGGGGAAAAAAAGAGUCUGAAAAUGAGAUGAGAGAGUUGGGCAGUUAAGAGGCAUCACUGCCGGUCAACUGUGCAUCUAUUGAUCCGCAGCGGACGGGUGGUUUUUCUGCCAGAGCCACCGGAGAUAAAACGGAUGAAAGGGGGGAAAAGAAAAGACGACUGCUGUGUUGUGCUUUUCUUUUUCAUUUUCAUUUUUUUUGUUUGCUGCCAACCUGCGAAGUGAGAAGUGUGUGAGAGCGCUCCAGCUGAGCACAUCACACGCGAGACGAACACAUUCAGUUCGCAGAGUCGGAGCUGCCUCGAACAUCCACUGCUACUUUCAGCGGCCGCCAGGAGUUGAGUCGAGAUUUACGGGCUGCUUCACGUGGAGCUGAGGCAGCAUCCAACGCAGGUGAAGCUUGAGAUUUAGUGUUUACUGCUGCUGCUGCACAUCUGUGCCGUCAGCUGUUUUAUAGAAAAAUACUGUGAAAGCGGAGGAUACUUGAGCGCUGGAGAGUUUGUAAGCAUGUCUUGACAUCUGGAGAAGGAAGAAGACUGAGCCGGCAGCUCUCGUCCUGGCAUCCUGAGGUGCGAAUGGGAUGCUGAAACCAAGAUCUUCAGGAGUCAAGAUGUGGAUUAGGAGAUGAAUUCCGAGGAGGGGUCGAGGAGGGAUGAGGUUUUUCGGGGUGAGAAGGCAAGAAAGGGCUGCCACUGCCCCGUGGCGACUCCGCCUGCCUCCACCGCCACCUCCCCGUGAACAUGCAGGUCCUACAGAUCGUCAAGGAGCUGGUGUCGCCGUCCAGACGCAGGGCAGCGGCCAGAUUCGGAGCGUCUGAUACCGAGCAGGAUGCAGCGGUGAAACUUGACCAGGAGCGGGCUGAGAUAGUCGCCAAAUAUGACAAGGGAAAAGACGCCCCCGUGGACCCCUGGGAGGACAGUAACUUCCGUCUGUACAAAGUUGUCGACCGCUUUGGCUUCGUCCAUGAGACUGAACUUCCAUCCUACGACUCGGUGGAGGAAAAGCAAAAACACACGGAGGUGGAGAGGACCACCAAAUGGCUGAAGAUGCUGAAGAACUGGGAUAAAUACAAGAACAGUGAGAAGCUGCUCAGGAGGAUCUACAAGGGAAUCCCCCUGCAGCUCCGAGGGGAGGUGUGGUGUCUGCUGCUCGAUAUACCCAAAAUAAAGGAGGAGAAGAAGGACUUCUAUGAGAAACUGAAGGCCAGAGCCAGAGGAAUAUCCCCCGACAUCCGGCAGAUCGACCUGGAUGUGAACCGAACCUACAGGGACCACAUCAUGUUCAUGCAUCGCUAUGAUGUCAAGCAGCAGGCGCUCUUCCACGUCCUCACAGCCUACUCCAUGUACAACACGGAGGUGGGCUACUGCCAGGGCAUGAGUCAGAUCACAGCUCUGCUGCUGAUCUACAUGAAUGAAGAGGACGCCUUCUGGGCUCUCGUCAAACUGCUGUCUGGGCAGAAGCACGCCAUGCACGGGUUUUUUGUCCCUGGUUUCCCGAAGCUGAUGCGUUUCCAGGAGCACCACGACCGCAUCCUCAAGAAGAUGAUGCCCAAACUGAAACAGCACCUGGACAACCAAGAGGUGUUCACCAGUCUCUACACCAUGAAGUGGUUCUUCCAGUGCUUUCUGGACAGAACUCCCUUCACACUGACCCUCAGGAUCUGGGACAUCUAUAUCUUGGAGGGUGAAAGAGUGCUGCCUGCCAUGUCCUACACGCUCCUCAAACUGCACAAGAAGCACCUGAUGAAGCUGUCCAUGGAGGAGCUGGUGGAGUUUCUGCAGGUGACUUUGUCCAAAGAUUUCUUCUGCGAGGACGACUUUGUGAUCGAGCAGCUGCAGGCGUCCAUGACAGAGCUCAGGAGGGCGAAGCUGGAGCUGCCCGCACCAGGUAAAGAGGACGAGUUUCCCAAGAAGCCUCUAGGGCAGCUUCCUCCUGAGAUAGCCGCAGCAAACCACGUGGCCAACGGUCAAAGCCACGCGGAGCCAGCCGAGCCCCCCAGGGAGCCAAGUCCUCUACCGGACCCCCAGCGGGACGGACGGCCCCCGAGCCGAGCCCACCGGGAAUCGCUGGAGAAACGGAUCCGUCACCACAAGGGGGACAAAAGGGAAACCCACUCCAGGGGGUCAGGUGAAAUCUCAAAUGAGACACAAAAGCAAUCCACCUACACCACACCAGAGAGGGGGGCGACACCGCUGUCAGCCCCCACCCCAACACCACAGAUGACCGCUGUGGAUGGAGGAAAGGCUCACGCCAUCGCCAACCACAACUCCAACGCAGCCUCUAGCUCCCGCAGAGACAUGCCUGGGCCCCGGUGGGUCAAACCCUCCGAGACAAAGCUAGAAGCUUUGCGGGAAAUUCAGAUGAGCCGAGGGCCAUCGCCGGCUCCUUCCAGCCCAGAUGACACCGCUCAGCCUCACCGCCGGCCACGCUCCAAGGGCUACGCCCCCGGCACCGACCGAGGCUCCAAUGCCUCCCAGUAUGAUAAUGUACCAGGGCUGCCGGAGCAGGACUUCGAGAUCCUGGAGCUUGAGAAGCCUCCGUCCAGAUUGAGGCCCUUUCGUAAUGAGAUACCCUACAAUGUGUCAGCCCUGCAUCAGGGCAGCCCGAGCCACGGGUCCAGCCUGUCUGGGAGUGUCGUCUCCGUGGCACCCGGGCCCAGAAUGGCCAGACAGCCUCUUCCUCCUCGUUUUCCUCACAACAGUCCUGUAAAUGUUCCGACUGGCUACCCUGACCCAAAGAACCAGUUCCAUACCCCGCCUCAUCAGCACUCCCCAGGCAGGACUACUACUGAGGUCCCCAUUCCACAUCCCACCCAAAGCGUGGACAACAGACUCUAUGCUCUGCCCUCCCGAUAUCCUGCACCGCCCAGUGCAUUGUAUGGAGAACGAGCGUAUGCCACCACCCAGCGACAGCCCAACAGCUUCUCCCCAGAUAAGACCCUCAUGAAUAACACCUUCGCCACCUACCGCAGGCAGCCAACGCACAGCUCCGCCCGCAAUCCUCGGAACCCCAGGCCUCCCCCGGAGCUGGACAACCAAGGGAGCUCCACCCCCAUCUAUCUGCAACAGCUCACCUCCACAGCACAGGUCUACAGGUUCGAAGGACACCAGCGGGGUGAGCCAAACCCACACUACCUGCCAGCUCAGCAGGGUGUAGAUGGGCUCCAGUGGGAGCCAACGGAGGAGUUGCCCCCUACAUCCCCAGGUGGGAUGCCUCGCUCGCCCAGCUUCCAGAAGGCGCAGAUGUCGCCCCUCGCAGAGUUCACCUUCCCCGACAACCCGGAUGCCCUGCGUCAGUACCGACCGCAACUCCUAGAGCAGCAGCAGCACCAGCAGCCUGUGUUACGGCAACAGCUUCCUCAGCUGUUUGGAGGACCACACUACAGGCACGCACAGGAGGCGUUUGCCAUGCAGGAGUCCAUGCUGCUGUGACAGGACGAUAUGACAAGACACUGUAAAAACUAAAAGAAAAGAAAACUGAGGCGUAGUCACCAACACUGUGGUAAAGACGACCAGUAGUCCUAGCUUUGUUAGGAACCGGCUUCUACUUUGGUUCUGUUGUCGUUCAUGUGUGAAGUACUGACCUCCCGACUGUCACGCUGCAUCGUAACGUUGCAGGACCUACCAGCCGCUGUUUUUACUGAUCACUUUUAAAAAAAAAAGAUUAAAAAGACUGACUGAAGAUUUAAUUUUAUUUUUGGAUGUAAAUCAUUAACAAGAGGUGACAAAAUAUAAAUAUAUCUUUUAGAGUCUGAUAUGUACAGAAGAUUUUUUUUUUUUUUUUUUGGGUUAUCGGUAACAGGGGAAUUUUCUCCUGAGAGCCGAUUUAUUUUCCAUCUUUAUUUUUUUAUAUCUUACUCUCCAGAUAUGUACCGUAGAGAUCAAUUAACUCGAUAUGCUUGUGAAUGUUCUUUUUAAAGAAAUAUGACCAAUGGUAGAAUUAGCAAACAGUGCUACACGGGUUACCGUGUGUCUUGAUUUCCAUUUCAAUUUUUUUAAGCAGGUUUUGUUAAAACAUGUUUAGGACCAUGCUUUCUUUAGUUUUUGUCCAUUACUAAUAGUUUGUUUUUGCAUUACUUCAGGCCAGUCUUGUUUUUAAUUAAUUUCAACUGGGCGGCUCAACAUAUAGACAGCUGAUUUUUGAGGGCUAAUAUAUACUUUAAAAAAAAAAAAUUAUGGCUUUAAGUUAUCUUGAUUGUUAUGUAACCAUUGAUAACACAUUUUUUUAAUUGCUGUGACAUAGUUAUCACAUCUCGAGCACAUGGAGUCCGAGGUGCUUUUAAACUACUUUCAGUACAAGGUUGCUUAACUUCAUUAUGUCUUACUUCUCUCAACAAUGUCACAUCCACUGGCAUACAGUCAUCCGGCGCGCGCACAUGUACGUAACAAAUGUGAGUCACAUUUUCACCCACCUACUUUUAAUACUCUGAUGUAGAUGCAAGUACUUUCAAACAGUACUAAAAUGUUCUUUACAUCCCCUCAGUCAUCUUUGGGUUUUGUUUUAGUUGUGAAACAACUAAUUGCAGUCCAUUCUGAUACUUUGCUUAAUAAAAAGAGGUCGGAUGAAAAUGAA